GAAACAUUAAUUCAAGCUCUAACAGCAAAAAGGGCUCGAGCAUCUGGCGAAACGCUUGUCAUCAAUUACCGACUUCCAGAGGCUGUUGCCAGCCGAGAUGCAAUGGCCAAAUGUCUUUACGGAGCUCUCUUUGACUGGAUUGUUUUGCAAGUUAACCACGCUCUACUUGCAAAAAAAGACACACUCCGUGAUCAUCAGGGCAAUUCGAUUGGGGUCUUAGAUAUUUUUGGGUUUGAGGAUUUCGGGCUCAACAAUAGUUUUGAACAACUUUGUAUUAAUUACGCAAACGAGCACUUGCAGUACUAUUUCAACCAGCAUGUAUUCAAAUACGAACAAGAGGAGUAUAGAAAGGAGAGCAUCAGGUGGACAAACAUUGAUUUCAUGGAUAAUACAGGAUGUUUGCAGUUGAUUGAAGGCAAACCCAAUGGGUUAAUUUUUUUAUUGGAUGAUCAAUGCAAUUUCCCUGGGGCCACUAACGAAACCCUGCUCCAGAAAUUCAACACCGUCCACAAAGACAACAAGUUUUAUCAAAAACCACAGAAAAAAGAGGGUGCAUUCAUUAUAGUUCAUUAUGCAGGAAAAGUGAAAUACCAGGUAACGGAUAUGCGAGAAAAAAAUUUGGAUCUGAUGCGCCAAGAUAUCGUAGGAGUGUUGAAAAACAGCUCAAUGGCCUUCGUUAGGGAGCUGGUAGGCGCAGAUCCAGUUGCCGUUUUCAGAUGGGCAAUUGUAAGGGCCUUUUUUAGGGCCUACUUUGCUUUUCAUGAAUCGGGUAGGAAACAGCGACAAGGGAGGGUGGAUGGUAAUAGGAAUAAUAUUCAGCAGAGAUAUUCAAGGAAUCAUGCACCCAAUGAGAACCUCAUCAGCAAACAACGAAGUGCCAUGCCAUUCAGCCGGAUCGGCCGUAACUCAGACAACGAAUCCUCAAACAAUAGGCUCUCAUGGCCACAACUUUACCAUCGAAACAGAAAUAGCGGAAGCAAUAAUAAAAAUACUGAUGAUGACAGAAGAAGAAAAGAUUCUUCGAAUGGAGGUGCCAGUUCAUCUGCGGGGCUUCAAAGGUUGGGUCCUGAUGAAGCUAGGGCUAUACAGAGGGCUAAUCAGAUUGUAAUGAAGAACAAAUCUUUUCGUCCAAGGGAACGUAGCAAAAAGGGAUGGAAAAAUCUGCAAUCAGUUAAAACAUUGGCAGGAAGAACUGGAAUCACAGCUCAGUCUCAAGGUCAAAUAGGAAAAGCUAGAAAGCAACCUUUGACAGUUACUGCUCAAUUUCAGCAGAGUUUGCAUUCUCUUAUGGAUACUUUGAACCAAGCAAACCCAUUUUUUAUAAGGUGUAUUAAAUCAAAUGGUAACAAAAUACCGAAUACCUUUGAUGAAGUAACUGUCCAAAGACAAUUACGUUACACCGGUAUGCUUGAAACUGUCCGUAUUCGUCAAGCAGGUUUCAAUGUCCGGUUGACUUAUGAUGAAUUUAUACAGCUCUAUAGGAUACUUUUACCGAAGGGUCUUCUCAGUUCACAAAUUGAUGUUCGGGAUUUUCUGUCAACUCUUAAUUUGAAUCGUGAUAAUUACCAACUGGGAAGCACAAAAGUUUUCAUGCGUGAAAGUGAAAAAUAUAAGCUAGAUUGUAAGCUUCAUCAGCAGAUCAUGGCGAGCAUUGUAACGUUGCAAAGGUGGUUUCGAGCUUGUUUAGAACGGAGAAGGUUUUUAAGAAUAAGAUCUGCAGUCAUUACUCUUCAAAGCUACUGUCGCAUGUACCUUGUUCAGAAAUCUUUGAAGAAAUUGCAAGCUGUUGUCAGGAUACAAAAAUAUUAUCGAGGCUAUAGGUGUAGAUGUUGGAUUCAAAAAUUAAAAUCUAGUAUAGUCAUUUUUCAAGCUCAUUGUAGAGGUAGCCGUAUCAGGAGGUUGAUAGCUGAGCACAAGUUGAAAGUUGAUAUGUUGUCUAGAAGGCCACGGAUUAGCGCCCUUCCAGCCCACCUCCAAGUAAAACAUGGAAGCUCAGAUGAGGCAUUCAUCAGCAAAGAUUCCAGCAUGGAGGAAAUGCCUGCCGAACCAUUUGAUAGACGAACGUUGGAUUCUGACGAGAGCAGUGGCAUAUUAGAAGAUGAUAUUGAUACAUCUUAUCAUAAACUCAGUUUGAGGUCGACGGUCUCGCUGCCUAGCGUCUCUUCUUCUCAUCAACCAAAUUAUUACCAGUUUCUGAGAAACACCAGUAACAAUAGGUUGGAUGAAAUGAAGCAAGAAAAAUUCCCACAUGAUGUUAUCAGAAAAAAGUUGCCAAAGUCACACCAAACCUUUGACUACUCUGAUUUAGAAUACACACCACUACGUAAAGGUAGUGGGGAUUCCCUGGAUUCUCAACGAAGUUUUGGGUCUCAACAAAGUUCUGACUCUCACUCAAGUGUUACUGUUCGAGAAUUACUGAAGCAAGAAACGUUAAUGUCGGACAAACAGUGGCCAUCAACAAGUACAACUAGGGAUUUUCUCCCUGAAAGUGGAGCUACUAAGUCUGCUUCUUCUGUUGUUAAUAAUAAAUUAGUAUGGGAUCACGAACCAAUUCCUCGAGAAUAUCACACCAAACAACCAUUGUCUAGAAGUGAAGCAAUCAACAGUUGGGUUCCUCCUCCAGUGCGAAGGGAUUCCAGGUAUGGUGAGGUCAAGAAUCUUCGAAGCUACCAACCAGUUCGUCGACCUAACCGUGAGAAAUUUCCCUUGGAUGAUCGACCCGAUGUUUAUCCUUAUGAUCAAACUCCUAACAAACUUGAGCAAAUUCUAGGCCGUCCUGAGGCCCCUAUGAGGAAUACUAGAAAGUCGAAAAGGGGACAUGUUAAAAGCUUGGGUGAAGAAGUCACCGAUAGUGUAAGUUUGGAUAAAAAUGUAUUUCUUGGUACAAUUGAUGAAUCAAAAGUUCACCCGGAAUUUGAUACAAGCAUUCCAAUGGAAGUUGACACGAAACAAAGUUUGACACCCAAGAGACAAAGACAAAAUUUAUCACAGUUGGAUUUGAGAAGGCGAAACAGCGAUCCUGCCACCAAAGCGAUUCUUCCUGAUCACCCAAGUGUAUUAGAUUCAAGUCCGGCAAUUAAAAUGAAUGAUUACAAAUAUGACGUAAAUGUUCUUACUAUAGCUGGACAUUCCUUCAAAAAAAUCCCUAGGAUAACCAAGGACGAUUUGUGCUUAUUUUGUAACACCUUAUUGGAUGCAUUUUAUUCGCCAGGAUAUAAAUGCACAAAUUGUAAAAAGCAGUUUCAUACCAAAUGCAUACAAAAUAAGGUUUUUGAGAUGCCUUGUGAACACCAAAGAACUGAUGCAGAAAUCCGAUCUGGACGGAGGAAACAUAGAAAACACUCGAGGACCGCUUAUGAUCUGCGUAAACCUGAGGAAUGUAAAUUUAGUUUGACAGGCACUUCAGAAUUUACUGACAGAACGGACAAAAUUAUAACAGGAGCUGAAGAAUUAACAUUGAUGCAGCAGUUCAUUACAGAGAAGAUCAUGAAAAUGGAGUCUGAUGGUAAAAAAAACAGUGAAGUGGACACACUUUUUAAACAGGCAUUGAGGGAAUUCAAGGACAAUUUGGUUCAGAUUUACAGCAAUGCCACUAUGCAUAAUAGUCUGAAAAGUUGCAAUAUUAAAUACAAGGAUCUCAUUUUGGUUUUUAUUCAGGCUAUGGAAACAGUAUGUCAACGUGAGCAGAAGUUUGAAGACAUUAAAGACUUUCCGUUCACUAUGGGAGUGAAUGCUUUUAGAGGCUUUAUGAAUGAAUUCAUGUCGAGCAGAGCAGAAGACAAACCAAACAAAUCAAAGAGGAAAAAAGAAAAGAAAAGGAAAGUGGAAAUGUACAAGCACAAUGGCCAUACCUUCCUGCUGACAAUAAUCAACAUUCCUACAGCUUGUGAGAUUUGUAGCUCGUUUUUCAUGUGGCCCAUCGAAAGAGGGCUCGUUUGUCAAAGUUGCAAGAUGACCUGUCACAAGAAAUGUUAUACAAAUGCUACCCAGUGUCAGAAGGAGCCAGGAUUACAAGGGGAAAGCAAAAGGGUUUUUGGGGUAUCAUUGGUCACUUUAUUAAAGGAUGAGAGUAAGAUUCCACCUGUUAUUGAGAGGCUCUUGAGUACCAUUGAAUUAUUUGGUCUAUAUACUGAGGGCAUUUACAGAAAAUCAGGAGUAAGUUCCAAAAUCAAAGAGCUAAAGAACAAGAUGGAUGAGCAUCCAGAUGAUGUCGACUUUGAGAGGUAUCAG